GCACGCUCGAGUUUUACGCGUGAGCGGAAGUGACGCCGCCGCGUUUGUUUCGGAAGCGAAAGGGCGUCAGAUUUAAACGGACCUCCAGUGUCAGGACGUCGAGGACAUGUCCGAGAGUCGACCGAUGCAGCGAGGUGGUGAUGGAGGACGUGAAAGAGCGAGACGCAGGGACGGAGGUCAGAGUAAAGUGUCUCUGCGUGCGUCCCAGCCUCGGCCCAUGACCCGGUCCUCUCAGGGGGACCUGAAGGACAUCAGCAGGCUGAGAGAGGUGAUUGGCCAGCUGCCGACAGAAGGGCGGACCUUUGACAAAGAGGAGGAGCUAAGAUGGAGGAUCAACCAGUUAGAGAAAGACAAGCUCGAGCUCAACUCGAAGUACAACCAGGAGGUGUCAGGCUUUGAGGCUCAGCUAACUCGAUGUCGUGCUCUGUUGGAGAAAGGAGAGGCUCAGAGACAAACACUCGAGUACGAGCUUGCUGUGGUGAAAAGAGACGCAGCUGCUCAGAAUAGUCGCUCCGAGGACAAGAUAGCCGACCUAAUUAAACACAACCAGCAACUGGAGGGCCUCAGUGCGGAGCUGCGUCAGAGGGGCUCUGAUUUACAGAAAGCUCUUGAAAUCACUCAGCAAGCUCGGUAUGAUGAUGAGAGGAGCCUCCAGGUGGAGCUGCGUGAGAGGGACCAUCUGAUUCACAGUAUUAGCACAGAGAGAGAACUGCUGCAGGAGGAGAACACACGCCUGCACACACUACUGCAGGAGCACAAAGACACACUGCAGAAGCUGAAGGACAGAAUGGAAGGCAUCCAGAGAGACAGAGAGCGAGACACUGAGGAGCUUAAAAUGAAGACAUGUGAGCUGAGGAAAAGUAUGGAGCGUGAGGAGGAGCUGAGGACAGAGGUGGAGACAGUCAAUAAGAGAGUAAAGGCUCUGGAGAAAUGCGUGGAGUCAGAGCGAGCUGCUCACAUGGAGUUCAAGGUUAACGCUGAGGUCAUACAGAUACGUCUCAGGGAUAUGGAAGCAGCUCAGUCAGUAGAGAAGAGGAAUCAGGCCGAGGUUGUGUCCAGUCUGGAGCUUCUCAAACACAAGUUUGGAGAAGUUGAAAGAGCACACACACAGGAGAGAGAGCGUGCUGAUAACACACAACAUACACUCACACGAGUGGAGCUGGAGUACCAGAACACUAAAGCCAAUCUGAUUGGUCAGCUGGAGAGAGAGAAGGCAGUUUCAAGUGAUCGGAUUGGUCAGCUGGAGAAAGAGAAGGCGGAGUCGGCUAAGCUGAUUGGUCAGCUGGAGAAAGAGAAGGUGGAGUCGGCUAAGCUGAUUGGUCAGCUGAAAAGAGAGAAGGCGGAGUCGGCUAAGCUGAUUGGUCAGCUAGAGAGAGAGAAGGCGGAGUCGGCUAAGCUGAUUGGUCAGCUAGAGAAAGAGAAGGCGGAGUCGGCUAAGCUGAUUGGUCAGCUGGAGAGAGAGAAGGCGGAGUCAGCUAAGCUGAUUGGUCAGCUGGAGAGAGAGAAGGCGGAGUCGGCUAAGCGGAUUGGUCAGCUGGAAAGGGAGAAAGCGGAGUCAGUUAAGCUGAUUGGUCAGCUGGAGAAGGAGAAGGCGGAGUCAGCUAAGUUGUCAGUCAGACUUCAGGAACAAAAAAGAGUACAGAUGGAGAGAGAACAUGAACUCAACCUGGUUCAGGAGAGGUUGGUGUUUUUGGAGGAAACAUAUCAUGGUCUUCUCAAAGAAUUGGAGCAGCUGUUACAUCACCACCACCACCAGGGGGCAUCACCUAUCAGCUGCACCGGAGAUCAAAGGAACCAUUCCACCCUGAUGGAUAUCUUAAAAAGAGUAUUACACCGCUAUCACACAGAGCUGAAGGACUUGGUGAAGGUAAUUGAUGCCCUGAAUAAAGAAAAUAAAGACAAAGAGGAGAUCAUCACUGACCAGAGGAGACGCAUUCAGGAGUGUGAGGCUCAGUGUGUGUGUGUGAGUGAGGAGGCGGAGCGUCUGCGUGUGUAUGCUGCAGAAAGCGCAGACGCAGCAGAGCGAAUGCAGCGGGAACUGGAGAGCAUCACACACCGCUGGGGGGAGGAGAGAGAGAGACACACACAAACCAAAACACAUACACACACACUCACACAGGAGCACAAGAAGGAGCAUCAGGAAAAGCUGGCCUUCCUGCACUCUUUGUAUCAGCGGCUCCUCACAGGCGGUGUGUUGGUAGCCUCGCCCCAGAGCAUGAUGGGUAGUUUUUCUUGGGCAGAGCUCAGUAUUAUGCUACAGGAGCAAGCAGACGUGCUAACCUCUGACCUUCACUCAGCCAAUCAGAGGAUCACAUUUUUGGAGAGUGUGUGUGAGGGGAAGGAGGCAGCACUGACGAGUGUGUGUGAGCAGCUGAAGCAGAGAGAGGAGACCUGGAUCAAACAGAGAGAGGAGCUAGAUACACAACACACACACCUGAUCAAUGAACUACACACCAGAGCUCAGGAUUUACAGAGUCGUUUGGAUCACACUGUAAAGUGUCUCCAUGGUUCUGAGCGUGCUCACUCCAUCCUCCAACAGGAAGUGAGCCGCCUUCAGGAGUUGGUGCGCGUGUGUCGCCGUGACAACGCAUCGCUCCUGGCGGCGUGCGCUCUGCUGGCGGGUUGCGUGUCGUCGCUGCGCGGACGUGUGUGUGCACUGCUGCAGCAGAAGGCGGUACUGAAGCGAGGUGUGUGUGACGCGCAGUCUCUCCGGCAGGAAGUGGGCGCUCUCCUGCGGGCGCUCGCUGACCCUGGGGUCCAAGGUCAGAGCAAGGUCACGAGGGGUGUGUGGAGGUUUCGAGUGCACGUGAUUGGCGUAAUGGCUGCACUGCGUCUCCGCACCCUGUGCAGGAACACACACACACUGCUCAGAGCAGCUGGAGGAGUGUGUGUGAGCGAGCUGAGGCUGAGCAACACACACACUCAGGAGGAGGAGGAGAACCAGAGAGUGAUGAAGAUGCUCACGUCCUCACAGCUGUGUGUGAUCUUACACUCCUGCAUGCAAGAGCUACAGACAGAGCUGCAGAGAACCACCGAGAGCAGUGUGUGUGUCGCAGCGGCCGCUCGCUCCAGCUUCACUAAGCUGAUGGAGAAGGUGCUGCCUGAGUCAGAGUGGGGUUGCUAUGGUGAUAUGGGGUUGUUGGCACGGCAACUGGGCCACGGAUUAAACAACCUCCGCAAAAUGCACCAUGUCCCACUGAGACACGACAGCAACAAGAUCAUGGUCUCUGCCCUGCAGCAGCACUUCCUUGAGUUUACGCAGCGUUUACACACCGCUGAGGUGGAGAGGAGAGACCUGAGGAUCAAACUGUCACACAUCAAACGUAGAAACACACACACUGAAAUGAAGGACAGCACACACACAGCGAGUGUGUCGCUUGCGCAGUUCCGCGGUGUGUGUGAGGAGUUGAGCUCGGCUCUGCGCAGGGAACAGCAGGCCCAGACUCUCCUGCAUGAACAGGCCACACAGCUGCAGGAGCUCGGCAUUACCAUGGAGACACACACCUCAGAACAGCUGGAAAAAGACCACACACUCGCUCAGGCUGUACAGAGUCUGGCUGAUGCAAAGGUGGAGCUUAAGAAGAAAGACCAAACACUACGGUUGCUCGGGAAACAGCUGAACCAAUCACAGCAGGAGAAACAGGAACUACAGCAAGUCACCAAAAGAGCAGAAAACACACUGUACAUGGCAGCUAGGAGUAAAGAGUGUGUGUUGAGUUACCUGGUGUCAGUGGAGAGGAGGAUGAAAGAGCUGAAGGAUCAACUCCUCCUUUCUCAUUCCACAUUCUCACGAGAUGACUUGACCCUACACUUACCCACAAUGCACCAGGACCUGCAGCUGGACGGAGGAGGAGCCGAGAUGAAGGCGUGUCAGGCUCUGGUGUGCAGUUUUACAGAUGUGUAUGAGUUGGUGUGUAGUAAGAUGGAGUGUUUGGAGAGAGAGAUUUCCUCCUAUCAGUCCCACAUCAGCGCUCAGAAAGCAGAGUUACACCAUCUGAUCAGACCUACUGAAACACCAGCUCCUCUUUCUGAGUCUGAGGGGAACCAAGAAAUGCCGGCUCUCACACACACCGGUGUAACUGAUGUUCCCAGAAGCGCACACACACUGCAAAAGAAGUCCACCGUUCCUCUGAAGAAGAGCAGAGGCGUGAAAAAGUCCACCAAAACUUCCACCAAAGUCAAAUAUGCCUCAAAAUCAUCAACAGAAAAACCUUGAACACACUUUAUACAGUUUACUGUUUAAACAUUUUUGUAUUUUACAAUUUUAUUUUGUAGGUGUUAAUAAAACACUUACACAGUGA